GUUUUUUGUUUCAGUGAGCUCUCCUUCAUCACAGAACCCAGUGGUGUUGUAGUGAUACCCAGGGAUCCAGUGGUCCUGGACUGUGUGGCCCACGGACAGCCUCCCAUCACCAUCAGAUGGCUGAGGAAUGGAGUCAGGCUAGCGGAGAGCGAGCGGCUCCAGUUCCUGUCCAACGGCUCGCUGUACAUACCUGAGGUCAGGAGAGACGGAGAGGAGUCGGACGAAGGGCUCUAUCAGUGCCUCUCCCAGAAUAGAUAUGGAGCCAUAUUAAGCCAAAGAUCCCGACUGACUAUCACAAGUAAGUAUGGAGCAUGAGGUACCAGAAUGUGUCACUGGAAAGCAUACAGUGAAAUGUAUAUACAGCUUAAAGGUAUAUCAAACACUACAGAACAAUAACAACAACAACAUUUGUAAUGACACACACACACACACACACACACACACACACACACACACACACACACACACACACACACACACACACACAGACACACACACACACACACACACACACACACACACACACGUUAUUGAGAAAAGUCCUCUAAAGCUUUCCUCAGUAAAGGUUCCAUGUCAUUAGACCGGGCCCGUGUAGCUCAGUUGGUAGAGCAUGGUGCUUGCAACGCCAGGGUUGUGGGUUCGAUUCCCACGGGGGGCCUGUAUGAAAAAAAAAAGUAUGAAAAUGUAUGUAGUCACUCUGGAUAAGAGUGUCUGCUAAAUGACUAAGAUGUAAAAAUUAUAAGGUGGACAGGCUUAUUGUUGGUAAAAGCUUAUUGUGGAGUUAUAGACUUGUUUAAAAACAUUUAAGGGUCAGUGAAGUACUGAUGGACAGUCUGAAAGCUACUAAAAUACUCAGGAUAAUAGGUUAUAUGUGUAAUAUGGAAACACACACACAGGCCUACACACUUUCACACACACAAUUUCCUGGAAAAUGUGUUCAGUCAGUCUGCCGUGUUGGUGCGUUGUCAGGGUAGACCAGUGCUCUCUCUGUGGUGUGGUCUGUUACACAGAGGAAUCUCUCAAAGGCCUUUCACUUUUAGCCCUUUGUCUGGCCUGCCCUGACUGUUCCUGACUGGCCCUGAACGGCCCUGACUGGCCCUGACUGGCCCUGACUGGCCCUGACUGUUCCUGACUGUUCCUGACUGUUCCUGACUGGCCCUGAACGGCCCUGACUGGCCCUGACUGGCCCUGACUGUUCCUGACUGUUCCUGACUGGCCCUGACUGGCCCUGACUGGCCCUGACUGGCCCUGACUGUUCCUGACUGGCCCUGACUGUUCCUGACUGUUCCUGACUGGCCCUGACUGGCCCUGACUGGCCCUGACUGGCCCUGACUGUUCCUGACUGGCCCUGACUGUUCCUGACUGGCCCUGAACGGCCCUGACUGGCCCUGACUGGCCCUGACUGUUCCUGACUGUUCCUGACUGUUCCUGACUGUUCCUGACUGUUCCUGACUGGCCCUGACUGGCCCUGACUGGCCCUGACUGUUCCUGACUGGCCCUGACUGGCCCUGACUGGCCCUGACUGGCCCUGACUGUUCCUGACUGGCCCUGACUGGCCCUGUCUGGCCCUGACUGGCCCUGACUGGCCCUGACUGGCCCUGACUGGCCCUGACUGUUCCUGACUGGCCCUGACUGGCCCUGUCUGGCCCUGACUGGCCCUGUCUGGCCCUGACUGGCCCUGACUGGCCCUGACUGGCCCUGACUGGCCCUGACUGUUCCUGACUGGCCCUGACUGGCCCUGACUGGCCCUGUCUGGCCGUGACGGUUCCUGACUGGCCCUAAAGAAAAGGCAUUAGUUUGUCCACAUAUCAGUGGACAGGACAGCUGGCCUAUUGAGCAUCACCAGGCCAGUUCUUACAAACACAACCACAGGGGUUGGCUUGACUUUAGUCUGGUUUAUCUUCCUGUAGGACAUCAUUUAGGGAUGGGGGGUAUUAUAAGUAUCACAUAUUCCUUGUUUAUCAAAAGCAACACCAAUAUCAAUGUUGCUUUAGUUUAUUUGAUGUCUUGAAAAUAGUUGUUAGAUCUGACAAUGAUGAGCAUGGCUCCUGAAGGGUUAAAAGGGGGCGUCUCUCUCUUUCUCUCUGCUGCUCCCCAUCGGUCCAGAGAGAUCAAGGAAGUGCAUGGGAAAGGCUUUGUGUGAUGUCACCGCCUGGCCCGCCUGCUCUGAGCUCCGUGCUGUGGCCGGAGGUUGCCCUGUCCUGCUGUCCUCUGUCCUUUCACUAGUCCGUCACUGGUCCUUUCAGUGGCUCUCCAGUCGCUGGCCUCUCCCACACUCACUAUCUGUGUCAAGGGCAACUCUAUUGUUCUACGUAUCUAUAGGCUAGGCCCGAUCUGUGUCAAGGGCAACUCUAUUGUUCUACGUAUCUAUAGGCUAGGCCCGAUCUGUCAAGUGGGUGACUAGGUUGUGUUAUUCCUCUCAAACAUUUGAAAAAAGCUCAGGAAAGGAAAGGAAAGCCACAAGAGUUCUGUGGAGAAAAAAAUAAAAAUAUAUAUAUAUAUAAAAAAAAAUAAAAAAAAACAUAUUGUAAAGUGGUUAUCCCACUGGCUAUAAGGUGAAUGCACCAAUUUGUAAGUCGCUCUGGAUAAGAGCGUCUGCUAAAUGACGUAAAUGUGAAUGUGAUGUUUAUUGCGUCCGGUUUUAGUUUAACAACAGUCAGUUUUAUGGCACCUGCAGUAGCAACACGCUCUAUGACAUCACACGACAUCCUCAGCUUUACGGUCAUACUAGAGCAACAUUGUUUCAUCUUCGAAAUAUAAACAACUAACAAAAAACGUGAAGCAUUAGUAUAUGCAAGUUUUUUGGUAGACAAUAGCUGACCAGAGCGAUAACAGUCUUCGAUCCGACCGGGUCUCCCCCCAAUUUGGGCUGAAAUUGAAUGGACAGGGGGGCUGGGGUGAACCCUGACCUCUCUAAGGGAACCUUUGUGCAGUCUGACCUGUCCGUUAAUCUGCUGUUUACGACAGAGCUAGGUUGGGCUGGGCGGAGUAGUCUGCUGCUCAGGCCACGCCCCCAACGUGGUUGACCCCAACCACCGCCAGAAACCCCCACCAGAGAGGAUGGCUUCGGCGCCUUAUCUAUGGGUGGAGAUUAGCUAGAUGGACAUUAGAUCAUGUUAACAAGGCCCAGUGUGGUGAGCACCUAGGCCUACAUGCCAUCAUGGUGCGAUUGUUUUCAAGAUGUUUCUGCUGUUAAACUUGAUUUUUUAAAUAAGAGAUUUAGUUGAUUAUCAUAUGCAAUGAGGAAGGCAGCUCUCUUGGCAACAUAUGCUGGCGUUUCCUUUCUAUCCAAUCCAGGGCAAGGAUGACCUUCUCCACGUUAGGGUUAGCUGUUAUUUGUGUACAAUAUUGGUGUCCUUGUUAGGCUUCAAAUUAAAAAGGAAAUAUCUUUAAUUCAAAUCUGCUUUAGAGCAACAUUUUAAUGUUGACUUUAAUAGGAGAAACUAGUCAUUGAUUUUCUUUAACAUGGUAUUGACCUGGUCCUGUGACUGGGGUCUUUAACAUGGUAUUGACCUGGUCCUGUGACUGGGGUCUUUAACAUGGUAUUGACCUGGUCCUGUGACUGGGGUUUUUAACAUGGUAUUGACCUGGUCCUGUGACUGGGGUCUUUAACAUGGUAUUGACCUGGUCCUGUGACUGGGGUCUUUAACAUGGUAUUGUGUAUGUAUUAUGUACUCAACGGUCAGGCAGACAGAUCCUUCUAGUAUUCAUUAUUGAAGAUCUCUGUGAUGAAUCAUUAUUGAAGAUGUCUGUGAUGAAUCAUUAUUGAGGAUGUCUGUGAUGAAUCAUUAUUGAAGACGUCUGUGAUAAAUCAUAAUCAUACUUUUACUAUUUGUAUUUAUCCUCCUCCUCCUCCUCCUCCUCUUCCUCCUGUCUUCCUCCUCCUCCUCCUCCUGUCUUCCUCCUCCUCCACUUCCUCCUGUCUUCCUCCUCCUCUUCCUCCUCCUCCUCCUCCUGUCUUCCUCCUCCUCUUCCUCCUCCUCCUCCUCCUCCUCCUCCUGUCUUCCUCCUCCUCCUCCUGUCUUCCUCCUCCUCCUCUUCCUACUCCUCCUCCUCCUCCUCCUCCUCCUCCUCCUCCUCCUCCUCCUCCUCCUCCUCCUCCUGUCUUCCUCCUCCUCCUCCUGUCUUCCUCCUCCUUUUCCUCCUCCUCCUCCUGUCUUCCUCCUCCUCCUCCUCUUCCUCCUCCUCCUCCUCCUUCCUCCUUCCUCCUCCUCCUCCUCUUCCUCCUCCUCCUCCUCCUCCUCUUCCUCCUCCUCCUCCUCCUCUUCCUCCUCCUUUCUUCUUCCUCUGCCUCCUCCUCCUGUCUUCCUCCUCCUCCUCCUGUCUUCCUCCUCCUCCUCCUCCUCCUCCUGUCUUCCUCCUCCUCCUCCUGUCUUCCUCCUCCUCCUCCUCAUCUUCCUCCUCCUCCUCCUCCUCUUCCUCCUCCUCCUCCUCCUCCUCCUCCUCCUUCAUCUAUCUGCAGUCUUAAAGCCUUAUCUCCUGAGAGCCAGCCCAUUGAUUAGUGUUGAUUUAUGACCAUACAUCAUUCAAUGCCAUUCUCCCAUUGAUCUAUUGAUUGGUAUAUUGAUUGGUCUAUUGAUCCGAACAGCUGGCCAGCUGCACAGCUGAUUGGCUCAAAGACAAAAUCAUGGUGGCUGGGAUGUGCCAAACUCCCUCAUGGGUUCAGAUCCCAUUUCUCACCAUCAGGGUUUGACACACUUGACCUCCUCUCUUCAAACUAUAGAUUGAAAGCUGAAUAUUCAAAUUCCAAGCAAGUUGUUGAAAUCAAUGAAGUCGUUUUGUGAAACACUUGAUAACAAGUUCAUAAAAUAAACCUUUUCAUGGUUAGGCCUACAGGCCUUCCAGUCAGUCAUUUGUUCUUAACUGCCUCACCUGGUUAAAUAAAUACAUUUGAAUAUGUUGCACCAAUUUGCAUCUAGAACUCAUAAACAUUUUAGUCAUUUAGCAGACGCUCUUAUCCAAAGCGACUUACAGGCGCAAUUAGGGUUAAGUGCCUUGCUCAAGGGCACAUCGACAGAUUUUUCACCUAGUCGGCUCGGGGAUUAGAACCAGCGACCUUUCGGUUACUGGCACAACGCUCUUAACCACUAAGCUACCUGCUCUCUUAACCACUAAGCUAACUACCUGGUUAUUCUACACAUCUAUGACUGCAUAUCAUCCGAUUGGAGUUUUCCUUAUUCUAUCAUGUUCUAAGGGCAGCUCUGCCUUGUGGUCAGAAAUACAUUGGGCCUUAUGGAGAGUCAAUACUAAACGCAGUAACCACUGCUUCCUUUGGCCAGUCUGUGUGUUGUGUCCCACAGCUAAUUAGAUCUUCUGAGUGGCGCAGUGGUCUAAGGCACUGCAUCGCAGUGCUAACUGUGCCACUAGAGAUCCUGGUUCGAAUCCAGGCUCUGUCGCAGCCGGCCGCGACCGGGAGACUCAUGGGCGGCGCACAAUUGGCCCAGUGUCGUCCAGGGUAGGGGAGGGAAUGGCCGGCAGGGAUGUAGCUCAGUUGAUAGAGCAUGGUGUUUGCAACGCCAGGGUUGUGGGUUCGAUUCCCACGGGGGGCCAGUAUAAAAAAAAAAAAUGUAUUCAUUAACUGUAAGUCGCUCUGGAUAAGAGCGUCUGCUAAAUGACUAAAAUGUAAAUGUAAUUGGUCUUUCAUUGUGUGUUCCAGAAAUCUCACCGUUCGUGGUGCAUCCCAUCCCUUUGGAGGUGACUGAGGGUUCCGUGGCCAGGUUCAGCUGUCAGGUGACCUCUGACCCUCCUGCCAGCGUCACCUGGGAGCUAGACCAAAGCACACUUCCGCUGGAGACAGACAGGUACAGUGUAGGAAUAUCGGGGCAAAAUGUGUUUAAUUGUAAAAGGUUCUACGAGCGAUGUUUAGGGUCUGCAGCUGGACGGGGCUUUCCUACACGAGCUGUGGUCAAGUGGUCUCUUUUUUUCUGAUUAAACGUUCAACUCGUUUUUUUUAAUCAUACUAGUAUAGUAUUGAUAUGUUACAUGUUAUGUUAUGGUACAAUUCAAUAUACAAGACCACCUCUGUCUCUUGAUUUUAUCUGAAUCUCAUUGCUUUUUGGGGUUGUGUUUAUACUGUUCUGUCACGUACUAACCAUCACUAUCCAUUAUACUGUUCUAUCAUGUACUAACCAUCACUAUGCAUUAUACUGUUCUAUCAUGUACUAACCAUCACUAUGCAUUAUACUGUUCUAUCAUGUACUAACCAUCACUAUCCAUUAUACUGUUCUAUCAGGUCCUGGUACUAACCAUCACUAUGCAUUAUACUGUUCUAUCAUGUACUAACCAUCACUAUCCAUUAUACUGUUCUAUCAAGUCCUGGUACUAACCAUCACUAUGCAUUACACUGUUCUGUCAGGUCCUGGUACUAACCAUCACUAUCCAUUAUACUGUUCUAUCAAGUCCUGGUACUAACCAUCACUAUCCAUUAUACUGUUCUAUCAGGUCCUGGUACUAACCAUCACUAUGCAUUAUACUGUUCUAUCAUGUACUAACCAUCACUAUCCAUUAUACUGUUCUAUCAUGUACUAACCAUCACUAUCCAUUAUACUGUUCUAUCAAGUCCUGGUACUAACCAUCACUAUCCAUUAUACUGUUCUAUCAUGUACUAACCAUCACUAUGCAUUAUACUGUUCUAUCAUGUACUAACCAUCACUAUGCAUUAUACUGUUCUAUCAAGUCCUGGUACUAACCAUCACUAUCCAUUAUACUGUUCUAUCAUGUACUAACCAUCACUAUGCAUUAUACUGUUCUAUCAUGUACUAACCAUCACUAUGCAUUAUACUGUUCUAUCAUGUACUAACCAUCACUAUCCAUUAUACUGUUCUAUCAAGUCCUGGUACUAACCAUCACUAUCCAUUAUACUGUUCUAUCAAGUCCUGGUACUAACCAUCACUAUCCAUUAUACUGUUCUAUCAUGUACUAACCAUCACUAUGCAUUAUACUGUUCUAUCAGGUACUAACCAUCACUAUGCAUUAUACUGUUCUAUCAUGUACUAACCAUCACUAUGCAUUAUACUGUUCUAUCAGGUACUAACCAUCACUAUCCAUUAUACUGUUCUAUCAGGUACUAACCAUCACUAUCCAUUAUACUGUUCUAUCAGGUACUAACCAUCACUAUGCAUUAUACUGUUCUAUCAGGUACUAACCAUCACUAUGCAUUAUACUGUUCUAUCAUGUACUAACCAUCACUAUGCAUUAUACUGUUCUAUCAGGUACUAACCAUCACUAUGCAUUAUACUGUUCUAUCAGGUACUAACCAUCACUAUCCAUUAUACUGUUCUAUCAAGUCCUGGUACUAACCAUCACUAUCCAUUAUACUGUUCUAUCAAGUCCUGGUACUAACCAUCACUAUCCAUUAUACUGUUCUAUCAUGUACUAACCAUCACUAUGCAUUAUACUGUUCUAUCAUGUACUAACCAUCACUAUGCAUUAUACUGUUCUAUCAAGUCCUGGUACUAACCAUCACUAUCCAUUAUACUGUUCUAUCAAGUCCUGGUACUAACCAUCACUAUCCAUUAUACUGUUCUAUCAUGUACUAACCAUCACUAUGCAUUAUACUGUUCUAUCAUGUACUAACCAUCACUAUGCAUUAUACUGUUCUAUCAAGUCCUGGUACUAACCAUCACUAUCCAUUAUACUGUUAUAUCAUGUACUAACCAUCACUAUGCAUUAUACUGUUCUAUCAUGUACUAACCAUCACUAUGCAUUAUACUGUUCUAUCAUGUACUAACCAUCACUAUCCAUUAUACUGUUCUAUCAUGUACUAACCAUCACUAUGCAUUAUACUGUUCUAUCAUGUACUAACCAUCACUAUCCAUUAUACUGUUCUAUCAAGUCCUGGUACUAACCAUCACUAUCCAUUAUACUGUUCUAUCAAGUCCUGGUACUAACCAUCACUAUCCAUUAUACUGUUCUAUCAUGUACUAACCAUCACUAUGCAUUAUACUGUUCUAUCAUGUACUAACCAUCACUAUGCAUUAUACUGUUCUAUCAAGUCCUGGUACUAACCAUCACUAUGCAUUAUACUGUUCUAUCAAGUCCUGGUACUAACCAUCACUAUCCAUUAUACUGUUAUAUCAUGUACUAACCAUCACUAUGCAUUAUACUGUUCUAUCAUGUACUAACCAUCACUAUGCAUUAUACUGUUCUAUCAUGUACUAACCAUCACUAUGCAUUAUACUGUUCUAUCCAGGUACUAACCAUCACUAUCCAUUAACUGUUCUAUCAUGUACUAACCAUCACUAUCAUUUACUGUUCUAUCAGGUACUAACCAUCACUAUGCAUUAUACUGUUCUAUCAGUACUAACCAUCACUAUGCAUUAUACUGUUCUAUCAGGUACUAACCAUCACUAUCAUUAUACUGUUCUAAGUCAUGGUACUAACCAUCACUAUGCAUUAUACUGUUCUAUCAGGUACUAACCAUCACUAUGCAUUAUACUGUUCUAUCAGGUACUAACCAUCACUAUGCAUUAUACUGUUCUAUCAAGUAUCAUGGUACUAACCAUCACUAUCCAUUAUACUGUUCUAUCAAGUCCUGGUACUAACCAUCACUAUCCAUUAUUAACUGUCUACUAUCAAGUCCUGGUACUAACCAUCACUAUCAUUAUACUGUUUCUAUCAUGUACUAACCAUCACUAUGCAUUAUACUGUUCUGUCUACAUCAUAUCCUUAUGUACUGACUAACCAUCACUAUCAUUAACGUUCUAUCACUGGUACUACCAUCACUAUCCAUUAUACUGUUCUAAGUCCUGGUUAACUAAAACACAUCACUAUCAUUAUACUGUUCUAUCUGUACUAACCAUCACUGCAUAUAUGUUCUAUCAAGUCCUGGUACUAACCAUCACUAUCCAUUAUACUGUUCUAUCAUGUACUAACCAUCACUAUGCAUUAUACUGUUCUAUCAUGUACUAACCAUCACUAUGCAUUAUACUGUUCUAUCAAUCUGGUACUAACCAUCACUAUCCAUUAUACUGUUAUAUCAGUGGUACUAACCAUCACUAUGCAUUAUACUGUUUCUAUAUCAUUGUAACUAACCAUCACUAUGCAUUAUACUGUUCUAUCAUGUACUAACCAUCACUAUCCAUUACUUACUGUUCUAAUCAAGUCCUGGUACUAACCAUCACUAUGCAUUAUACUGUUCUAUCAGUCUGGUACUAACCAUCACUAUCCAUUAUACUGUUCUAUCAGUCUGGUACUAACCAUCACUAUCCAUUAUACUGUUCUAUCAUUGUACUACCAUCAUAUCAUAUACUGUCUAUCAUGUACUAACCAUCACUAUCCAUUAUACUGUUCUAUCAAGUCUGGUACUAACCAUCACUAUCCAUUAUACUGUUCUAUCAAGUCCUGGUACUAACCAUCACUAUCCAUUAUACUGUUCUAUCAUCUGUACUAACCAUCACUAUCCAUUAUACUGUAUCUAUCAUGUACUAACCAUCACUAUCCAUUAUACUGUUCUAUCAGGUCCUGGUACUAACCAUCACUAUCCAUUAUACUGUUCUAUCAAGUCCUGGUACUAACCAUCACUUCCAUUACAUGUUCUAUCACUGUAUAACAGUCCUGCCAUUUACGUGUUCAUCAUGUAUCAACGCUCCACUAUCGAUUGGACAUGUCUCUUCUGUGACAACAUGGCACUCGCAUUAACUGUCAGCAGUCCCGGUUAUAAACCAUCAUGUUCAUACAUGUCCUUAAACACCAUGCAUCAACGGUAAGUACCGGCUGUGUGGCCACCAACAUCGGCAACCGCGUCAAGAGCUGCGAGGCAACGCUCUCCGUUAUCAAACCAGGUGUUUGAGAAUAAACUGUCAACACCACAUUUAUUCAAUCGCUGUGUGAGAAGCCACUGCUUCCUUUAGCCAAUCUGUGUAUUUCUCCUAUGGACAGCUGUAUCAUACCUCCACUUCCUUGUAUAUUUCCAUACACAUGUACAGAGCAACAUUGUUAUUGCUUUAAUACUUAUUAGACAUGUGUCUUGGUCUUCCUAUCUGUUUCAGGUGUUGGCCCUAAGCCCCGUCAGAGGCCCCGGAUCAUAGCGGGCCCCCAGAAUGUGACGGUGUCCCUCCACCACACUGUGGUUCUGGAGUGUAUUGCUACGGGCAACCCCAGACCCAUCAUAUCCUGGAGCCGAGCCGACAGUAAACCCAUUGACGUGCACAAUGCCAGGGUGCUGGGCAGGUAAGAGGGGCGGACAGACCCGAUGGAUGUUUUUAAAUCACGCUUAAACUGAGCGAUCAGCGAUCUGACGUUACCCAAUACUGCUGUUGACUUCGUUCAUGGCUGACUAUAAUACCUACCUAUAUAAGGCCAUAAUGACCAUCCUAUUUAGCUUGGCCUUUUUUCUUAAAUUAUAUUUUAUGUUUUUAACCCCUUUUUCUCCCCAAUUACAUGAUAUCCAAUUGCGAUCCAAUUACGAUCUCAUCGCUGCAACUCCCCAACGGGCUCGGGAGAGGCGAAGGUCGAGUCACGCGUCCUUUCGGAAAAACAUGACCCGCAAAACCACGCUUCUUUGCGCCCGCCCGCUUAACCCGGAAGCCAGUUGCACCAGUGUGCCGGAGGAAACACCGUUCAGCUGACGACCGGGGUCAGCCUGCAAGCGCCCGGCCCUUAGCUUGGCCUUUAAUCAGUGGUUGUAUUAGUAUUAUUUUAGAUAUCUGUUGGGUUUUACGUUAUUUCGUUUUUCUAUGGUGCUGUUUUAACUGUAAAGUGUGUUUCACGUUAAAGUGUGUUUCACGGUAAAGUGUGUUUCAAAUGUGUAAGUCAAGUUUGAUGUGUUCCGUCAGUGGGAACCUGUUGAUCAGUGAUGUGAAGCCUCAGCACGGUGGAGUCUACCUCUGUAGAGCCACCACACCAGGAACACGCAACUACACCACCGCUGCUGCCAACCUCACCGUGCUAGGUGGGUACACUACUUGGGUACAUUUCCUGCACACAGAAUAAGCCUGCUCAGUCGAUACUAACCUCAUCUACCCGUUAAAGGGGAAACUAACCUCAUCUACCCGUUAAAGGGGGAAACUAACCUCAUCUACCUGUUAAAGGGGGAAACUAACCUCAUCUACCCGUUAAAGGGGGAAACUAACCUCAUCUACCUGUUAAAGGGGGGAAACUAACCUCAUCUACCCGUUAAAGGGGGAAACUAACCUCAUCUACCUGUUAAUGGGGAAACUAACCUCAUCUACCCGUUAAAGGGGAAACUAACCUCAUCUACCUGUUAAAGGGGGAAACUAACCUCAUCUACCUGUUAAUGGGGAAACUAACCUCAUCUACCCGUUAAAGGGGAAACUAACCUCAUCUACCUGUUAAAGGGGGAAACUAACCUCAUCUACCUGUUAAAGGGGAAACUAACCUCAUCUACCCCUUGAAGGGAGAAACUAAAGGGGGAAACUAACCUCAUCUACCCGUUAAAGGGGAAACUAACCUCAUCUACACGUUGAAGGGGGAAACUAAAGGGGGAAACUAACCCCAUCUACCCGUUAAAGGGGGAAACUAAUCUCAUCUACCUGUUAAAGGGGGAAUCAAACCUCAUCUACCCGUUAAAGGGGGAAACUAAAGCGGGAAACUAACCUCAUCUACCUGUUAAAGGGGGAAACUAACCUCAUCUACCCGUUAAAGGGGGAAACUAACCUCAUCUACCUGUUAAAGGGGGAAACUAACCUCAUCUACUCGUUAAAGGGGGAAACUAACCUCAUCUACCUGCUAAAGGGGGAAAUUAACCUGAUCUACCCGCUAAAGGGGGAAACUAACCUCAUCUACCCACUAAAGGGGGAAACUAACCUCAUCUACCCACUAAAGGGGGAAACUAACCUCAUCUACCUGUUAAAGGGGGAAACUAACCUCAUCUACCUGUUAAAGGGGGAAACUAACCUCAUCUACCUGUUAAAGGGGGAAACUAACCUCAUCUACCUGUUAAAGGGGGAAACUAACCUCAUCUACCUGUUAAAGGGGGAAACUAACCUCAUCUACCUGUUAAAGGGGGAAACUAACCUCAUCUACCUGUUAAAGGGGGAAACUAACCUCAUCUACCCGCUAAAGGGGGAAACUAACCUCAUCUACCCGUUAAAGGGGGAAACUAACCUCAUCUACCUGUUAAUGGGGAAACUAACCUCAUCUACCCGUUAAAGGGGAAACUAACCUCAUCUACCUGUUAAAGGGGGAAACUAACCUCAUCUACCUGUUAAAGGGGAAACUAACCUCAUCUACCCCUUGAAGGGAGAAACUAAAGGGGGAAACUAACCUCAUCUACCCGUUAAAGGGGAAACUAAUCUCAUCUACCUGUUAAAGGGGGAACUAACCUCAUCUACCCGUUAAAGGGGGAAACUGACCUCAUCUACCCCUUGAAGGGAGAAACCAAAGGGGGAAACUAACCUCAUCUACCCGUUAAAGGGGGAAACUAACCUCAUCUACACGUUGAAGGGGGAAACUAAAGGGGGAAACUAACCCCAUCUACCCGUUAAAGGGGGAAACUAAUCUCAUCUACCUGUUAAAGGGGGAAUCAAACCUCAUCUACCCGUUAAAGGGGGAAACUAAAGCGGGAAACUAACCUCAUCUACCUGUUAAAGGGGGAAACUAACCUCAUCUACCCGUUAAAGGGGGAAACUAACCUCAUCUACCUGUUAAAGGGGGAAACUAACCUCAUCUACCCGCUAAAGGGGGAAACUAACCUCAUCUACCCGUUAAAGGGGGGAAACUACCACUCAUCUACCUGUUAAAGGGGGAAACUAACCUCAUCUACCCGCUAAAGGGGGAAACUAACCUCAUCUACCCGUUAAAGGGGGAAACUAACCUCAUCUACCUGUUAAUGGGGAAACUAACCUCAUCUACCCGUUAAAGGGGAAACUAACCUCAUCUACCUGUUAAAGGGGGAAACUAACCUCAUCUACCUGUUAAAGGGGAAACUAACCUCAUCUACCCCUUGAAGGGAGAAACUAAAGGGGGAAACUAACCUCAUCUACCCGUUAAAGGGGAAACUAACCUCAUCUACCUGUUAAAGGGGGAAACUAACCUCAUCUACCUGCUAAAGGGGGAAAUUAACCUGAUCUACCCGCUAAAGGGGGAAACUAACCUCAUCUACCCACUAAAGGGGGAAACUAACCUCAUCUACCCACUAAAGGGGGGAAACUAACCUCAUCUACCUGUUAAGGGGGAAACUAACCUCAUCUACCUGUUUUAAAGGGGGAAACUAACCUCAUCUACCCGUUAAAGGGGGAAACUAACCUCAUCUACCUGUUAAAGGGGGAAACUAACCUCAUCUACCUGUUAAAGGGGGAAACUAACCUCAUCUACCUGUUAAAGGGGGAAACUAACCUCAUCUACCUGUUAAAGGGGGAAACUAACCUCAUCUACCCGCUAAAGGGGGAAACUAACCUCAUCUACCUGUUAAAGGGGGAAACUAACCUCAUCUACCUGUUAAAGGGGGAAACUAACCUCAUCUACCCGUUAAAGGGGGAAACUAACCUCAUCUACCCGCUUAAGGGGGAAACUAACCUCAUCUACCUGUUAAAGGGGGAAACUAACCUCAUCUACCUGUUAAAGGGGGAAACUAACCUCAUCUACCCACUAAAGGGGGAAACUAACCUCAUCUACCCACUAAAGGGGGAAACUAACCUCAUCUACCUGUUAAAGGGGGAAACUAACCUCAUCUACCUGUUAAAGGGGGACACUAACCUCAUCUACCCACUAAAGGGGGAAACUAACCUCAUCUACCCACUAAAGGGGGAAACUAACCUCAUCUACCCACUAAAGGGGGAAACUAACCUCAUCUACCCGCUAAAGAGGGAAACUAACCUCAUCUACCCGCUAAAGGGGGAAACUAACCUCAUCUACCCACUAAAGGGGGAAACUAACCUCAUCUACCCACUAAAGGGGGAAACUAACCUCAUCUACCUGUUAAAGGGGGAAACUAACCUCAUCUACCCACUAAAGGGGGAAACUAACCUCAUCUACCCACUAAAGGGGGAAACUAACCUCAUCUACCUGUUAAAGGGGGAAACUAACCUCAUCUACCUGUUAAAGGGGGACACUAACCUCAUCUACCCACUAAAGGGGGAAACUAACCUCAUCUACCUGUUAAAGGGGGAAACUAACCUCAUCUACCUGUUAAAGGGGGAAACUAACCUCAUCUACCUGUUAAAGGGGGAAACUAACCUCAUCUACCCGUUAAAGGGGGAAACUAACCUCAUCUACCUGUUAAAGGGGGAAACUAACCUCAUCUACCUGUUAAAGGGGAACUAACCUCAUCUAACCUGUAAAGGUGGGAAACUAACCACAUCUACCUGUUAAAGGGGGAAACUAACCUCAUCUACCUGUUAAAGGGGGAAACUAACCUCAUCUACCUGUUAAAGGGGGAAACUAACCUCAUCUACCCGCUAAAGGGGGAAACUACCUCAUCUACCUGUUAAAGGGGGAAACUAACCCUCCAUCUACCUGUUAAAGGGGGAAACUAACCUCAUCUACCCGUUAAAGGGGGAAACUACCUCAUCUACCUGUUAAAGGGGGAAACUAACCUCAUCUACCUGUUUAAAGGGGGAAACUAACCUCAUCUACCUGUUAAAGGGGGAAACUAACCUCACCUACCCGUUAAAGGGGGAAACUAACCUCAUCUACCCGCUAAAGGGGGAAACUAACCUCAUCUACCUGUUAAAGGGGGAAACUAACCUCAUCUACCCGCUAAAGGGGGAAACUAACCUCAUCUACCCACUAAAGGGGGAAACUAACCUCAUCUACCCACUAAAGGGGGAAACUAACCUCAUCUACCCGCUAAAGGGGGAAACUAACCUCAUCUACCCGCUAAAGGGGGAAACUAACCUCAUCUACCUGUUGUUAUGUCCCUCCAGAGCCUCCGUCCAUGGUGGAGAGGCCAGAGAGCCAGACCCGUCCCAGGGCUGGCACUGCCCGUUUCAUGUGCCAGGCUCAGGGCGUGCCCCCACCUCGCAUCACCUGGCUGAAGAACGGAGAGGAGGUGCACCUGAACGGCAGGAUCAAGAUGUACAACAGGUAGAACCUUAACUUUAUUACACCUUAUUAAACAUAUUAGAAAAUUCAGCACUUAUCCCUAAACAAAUCAAAAUAGAUUUACAGUGAGGGAAAAAAAGUAUUUGAUCCCCUGCUGAUUUUGUACGUUUGCCCACUGACAAAGAAAUGAUCAGUCUAUAAUUUUAAUGGUAGGUUUAUUUGAACAGUGAGAGACAGAUUAACAACAAAAAAAUCCAGAAAAACGCAUGUCAAAAAUGUUAUAAAUUGAUUUUCAUUUUAAUGAGGGAAAUAAGUAUUUGACCCGCUUUCAAUCAGAAAGAUUUCUAUAAAAGGUGUAUUUUAUACAGUUAACGAGCUGAGAUUAGGAGCACACUCUUAAAGGGAGUGCUCCUAAUCUCAGUUUGUUACCUGUAUAAAAGACACCUGUCCACAGAAGCAAUCAAUCAAACAGAUUCCAAACUCUCCACCAUGGCCAAGACCAAAGAGCUCUCCAAGGAAGUCAGGGACAAGAUUGUAGACCUACACAAGGCUUGAAUGGGCUACAAAACCAUCGCCAAGCAGCUUGGUGAGAAGGUGACAACAGUUGGUGCGAUUAUUCGCAAAUGGAAGAAACACAAAAGAACUGUCAAUCUCCCUCGGCCUGGGGCUCCAUGCAAAAUCUCACCUCGUGGAGUUGCAAUGAUCAUGAGAACGGUGAGGAAUCAGCCCAGAACUACACGGGAGGAUCUUGUCAAUGAUCUCAAGGCAGCUGGGACCAUAGUCACCAAGAAAACAAUUGGUAACACACUACGCCAUGAAGGACUGAAAUCCUGCAGCGCCCGCAAGGUCCCCCUGCUCAAGAAAGCACAUAUACAUGCCCAUCUGAAGUUUGCCAAUGAACAUCUGAAUGAUUCAGAGGAGAACUGGGUGAAAGUGUUGUGGUCAGAUGAGACCAAAAUGGAGCUCUUUGGCAUCAACUCAACUUGCCGUGUUUGGAGGAGAAGGAAUGCUGCCAAUGACCCCAAGAACACCAUCACAACCGUCAAACAUGGAGGUGGAAACAUUAUGCUUUGGGGGUGUUUUUCUGCUAAGGGGACAGGACAACUUCUCUGCAUGAAAGGGAUGAUGGACGGGGCCACGUACCAUCAAAUCUUGGGUGAGAACCUCCUUCCCUCAGCCAGGGCAUUGAAAAUGGGUCGUGGAUGGGUAUUCCAGCAUGACAAUGACCCAAAACACACGGCCAAGGCAACAAAGGAGUGGCUUAAGAAGAAGCUCAUUAAGGUCCUGGAGUGGCCUAGCCAGUCUCCAGACCUUAAUCCCAUAGAAAAUCUGUGGAGGGAGCUGAAGGUUCGAGUUGCCAAACGUCAGCCUCGAAACCUUAAUGACUUGGAGAAGAUCUGCAAAGAGGAGUGGGACAAAAUCCCUCCUGAGAUGUGUGCAAACCUGGUGGCCAACUACAAGAAACGUCUGACCUCUGGGAUUGCCAACAAGGGUUUUGCCACCAAGUACUAAGUCAUGUUUUGCAGAGGGGUCAAAUACUUAUUUCCCUCAUUAAAAUGCAAAUCAAUUUAUAACAUUUUUGACAUGCGUUUUUCUGGAUUUUUUUGUUGUUAUUCUGUCUCACUGUUCAAAUAAACCUACCAUUAAAAUUAUAGACUGAUAAUUUCUUUGUCAGUGGGCAAAAGUACAAAAUCAGCAGGGGGUCAAAUACUUUUUUUCCCUCACUGUAGCUAUUUGAUUUUCUUUUAAAUUAGAAAACUUCACAGUUUCAGUAUAACAAGAACAGAUUGUAGUAACAGUGCCCUACAAUACAUUUGAGCAAAGCCUAAUCACAUAAUAAAAACUGUAUACAGGGGAAUUGGGAGAAAAAAUCCCCCCCCCCCCCCCAUUUCCUGAUUGUACCCGUUGUUCACUAAUUCUGUGUUUCCCUCCACAGUAAACUGGUUAUCACUCAGAUCACCCAGGAGGAUGAUGCCAUCUACCAGUGUGUGGCGGAGAACGAACAGGGCAGUGUUCUGUCCCUGGCGCGCCUCAUCGUGGUGAUGUCCGAGGACCGGCCCAGCGCGCCCAGGAACAUCCGCGCUGAAACCGUCUCCUCCUCAGCCAUCCUAUUGGCCUGGGAGAGACCCAUCUACAACGCUGACAAAGUCAUCGCUUACUCUGUACACUACAUGAAGGCUGAGGGUAAAUGAAUUGUUAUAAGCAUGUAUGAGCUUUUAUAAUGUCUUAUUACAGAUGUAGGAUCUUAAUUUGAGUCAGUUUGCUACAGCAGGAAAAUAAUCCUGCAGCAAAUUAUUAUGUGGAUUCUAAUUAAUGGAAAUUUUUGUAGGUGUUGAUACAUUUUUCGUUAGGGCAAAUCAAGUGGAAAUUACAAACUUUAGAAGCCUUUUUAAACCUAAAAAACAUAGCAAAAUUCUCAGCAACAAAAUAGUGAUCAAAUUAAGAUCCUACAUCUGUAUAAUGCUGACAAAGUCAUCACAUACUCUGUACACUACAUGAAGGCUGAAGGCAGGAGUAAAGACAGGGAGGAAUUAGCAUGUCAUCUUACAGAAUAUACAGUACCAGUCAAAAGUUUGGACACACCUACUCAUUCAAGGGUUUUCUUUAUUUUGACUAUUUUCUACAUUGUAGAAUAAUAGUGAAGACAUCAAAACGAUGAAAUAACACAUAUGGAAUCAUAUAGUAACCAAAAAAGUGUUCAACAAAUCAAAAUAUAUUUUAUAUUUGAGAUUCUUCAAAGUUUCCACCCUUUACCUUGAUGAGAGCUUUGCACACUCUUGGCAUUCUCUCAACCAGCUUCACCUGGAAUGCUUUUCCACUAGUCUUGAAGGAGUUCCCACGUAUGCUGAGCACUUGUUGGCUGCUUUUCCUUCACUCUGCAGUCCAACUCAUCCCAAACCAUCUCAAUUGGGUUGAGGUCGGGUGAUUGUGGAGGCCAGGUCAUCUGAUGCAGCACUCCAUCACUCUCCUUGGUCAAAUAGCCCUUACACAGCCUGGAGGUGUGUUUUGGGUCAUUGUCCUUUAGUAGUGGUUUCUUUGCAGCAAUUCGACCAUGAAGGCCUGAUUCACACAGUCUCCUCUGAACAGAUGUUGAGAUGUGUCUGUUACUUGAACUCUGUGAAGCAUUUAUUUGGGCUGCAAUUUCUGAGGCUGGUAACUCUAAUGAACUUAUCGUCUGUAGCAGAGGUAACUCUGGGUCAUUCCUGUGGCUUGUCCUCAUGAGAGCCAGUUUCUUCAUAGCGCUUGAUGAUUUUUGCGACUGCACUUGAAGAAACUUUAAAAGUUAUUGAAAUGUUCCGUAUUGACUGACCUUCGUGUCUUAAAAUAAUGAUGGACUGUAAUUUCUCUUUGCUUAUUUGAGCUGUUCUUGCCAUAAUAUGGACUUGGUCUUUUACCAAAUAGGGCUAUCUUCUGUAUACCACCCCUACCUUGUCACAACACAACUGAUUGGCUCAAACGUAUUAAGAAGGAAAGAAAUUCCACAAAUUAACUUUUAACAAGGCACACCUGUUAAUUGAAAUGCAUUCCAGGUGACUACCUCAUGAAACUGGUUGAGAGAAUGCUAAGAGUGUGCAAAGGUGUCAUCAAGGCAAAGGGUGGCUACUUUGAAGAAUCUCAAAUAUAAAAUAUAUUUUGAUUUGUUUAACACUUUUCUGGUUACUACAUGAUUCCAUCUGUGUUAUUUCAUAGUUUUGAUGUCUUCACUAUUAUUCUACAAUGUAGAAAAUAGUAAAAAUAAAGAAAAACACUUGCAUGAGUAGGUGUGUUCAAACUUUUGACUGGUACUGUAUGACAAAAGGAAUGUCCACAAGCCACAGCUAUCUGAUCUCUCUAGGAAAAGAGAUGAUUCAUCUCAAGGGACUUUCUGGUUAAAACAUGAUGACAAUUAAAAUAGUUUGCUAUGUGGGCGUUCUAAAGAAAUCACUGGAGAGUUGUGGAAAUAGUUUUUUUUCAUACAUUCAUAUUUUCUGUCCAGCAAAUAAUUUAAUGUAAAUAUGUUUUAUUUUUGUACCAAUAUGUUACAGGCACCAAUGGUCACUGAGAAGUGUUGCAAAUUGUUGUUCAACUUGUUGAUCUUCACAAUUAAGGUUAUUGAAAGGAGUGACAGGGCAGAGUCCAGUCCGCCUCAAUAGGCUAUGGAGGGAGGCAGGCAGACAGCGCUCUAACCUAUAUCAAAUCAAAUCAAAUUGUAUUUGCCACAUGCGGCGAAUACAACAGGUGUAGACAUUACAGUGAAAUGCUUACUUGCAAGCCCUUAACCAACAACGCAGUUUUAAGAAAAAUAAGUUAAGUUAAAAAUAGAUAAGUAAAAAAUAAAAAUAACACAUAAUUAAAGAGCAGCAGUAAAAUAAAAUAACAGUAGGGAGGCUAUAUACAGGGGGUACCGGUACAGAGUCAAUGUGCGGGGGCACAGGUUAGUCAAGGUAAUUGAGGUAAUAUGUACAUGUGGGUAGAGUUAAAGUGACUAUGCAUAGAUAAUAAACAGAGAGUAGCAGCAGUGUAAAAGAGGGGGUGGGGUGGGGGGGACAAUGCAAAUAGUCCUGGUAGCCAUGAUUAGCUGUUCAGGAGUCUUAUGGCUUGGGGGUAGAAGCUGUUGAGAAGCCUUUUGGACCUAGACUUGGCUCUCCGGUACCUCUUGCUGUGCGGUAGCAGAGAGAACAGUCUAUGACUAGGGUGGCUGGAGUCUUUGACAAUUUUUAGGGCCUUCCUCUGACACUGCCUGGUAUAGAGGUCCUGGAUGGUAGGAAGCUUGGCCCCAGUGAUGUACUGGGCCGUACGCAAUACCCUCUGUAGUGCCUUGCGGUCGGAGGCCGAGCAGUUGCCAUACCAGGCGGUGAUGCAACCAGUCAGGAUGCUCUCGAUGGUGCAGCUGUAUAGCUUUUUGAGGAUCUGAGGACCCAUGCCAAAUCUUUUCAGUCUCCUGAGGGGGAAUAGGCUUUGUCGUGCCCUCUUCACGGCUGUCUUGGUGUGUUUGGACCAUGAUAGUUUGUUGAUGAUGUGGACACCAAGGAAGCUCUCAACCUGUUCCACUACAGCCCCAUCGAUGAGAAUGGGGGCGUGCUCAGUCAUUUUUUUUUUCCUGUAGUCCACAAUCAUCUCUUUUGUCUUGAUCAUGUUGAGGGAGAGGUUGUUAUCCUGGCACCACAUGGCCAGGUCUCUGACCUCCUCCCUAUAGGCUCAUCGUUGUCGGUGAUCAGGCCUACUACUUUUGUGUUGUCGGCAAACGUAAUGAUGCUGUUGGAGUCGUGCCUGGCCAUGCAGUCAUGGAUGAACAGGGAGUACAGGAGGGGACUGAGCACGCACCCCUGAGGGGCCCCUGUGUUGAGGAUCAGCGUGGCAGAUGUGUUGUUACCUACCCUUACCACCUGGGGGCGGCCCGUCAGGAAGUCCAGGAUCCAGUUGCAGAGGGAGGUGUUUAGUCCCAGGGUCCUUAGCUUAGUGAUGAGCUUUGAGGGCACUAUGGUGUUGAACGCUGAGCUGUAGUCAAUUAAUAACAUUCUCACGUAGGUGUUCCUCUUGUCCAGGUGGGAAAGGGCAGUGUGGAGUGCAAUAGAGAUUGCAUCAUCUGUGGAUCUGUUGGGGCGGUAUGCGAAUUAGAGCGGGUCUAGGGUUUCUGGGAUAAUGGUGUUGAUGUGAGCUAUGACAAGCCUUUCAAAGCACUACAUGGCUACAGACGUGAGUGCUACGGCUCAGGAGACAUUUAGGCAGGUUACGUUAGUGUUCUUAGGCACAGGGACUAUGGUGGUCUGCUUGAAACAUGUUGGUAUUACAGACUCAGUCAGGGACAUGUUGAAAAUGUCAGUGAAGACACUUGCCAGUUGGUCAGCGCAUGCUCAGAGUACACGUCCUGGUAAUCAGUCUGGCCCUGCGGCCUUGUGAAUGUUGACCUGCUUAAAAAGUCUUACUCACAUCGGCUACAGAGAGUGUGAUCACUAGAACAGCUGAUGCUCUCAUGCAUGCUUCAGUGUUGCUUGCCUCGAAGCGAGCGUAGAAGUGAUUUAGCUCGUCUGGUAGUCUCGUGUCAUGGCUCUGGUCUAAUGUGUGACCAGCUUUCCUUGGAGGCCAUCUGUUGUAGCCAGGCUGAGGUCAAAGUUUAAGCAAGAAGAAUGGCCAGCGCUCCGAAAUAACAACAGCCACGGCCUGCCAUUGUCCACCCUCAACCUUCUCAACCACACCGCUCACUCUUAAAGGAUCCUAAUAAAAUACCAAAAUACCAAUAGCAAAGGGACAGGACACCAUUUUCUUUAAGCCUGAUAUAAUCUUGGGUGGCUUUGAAAUAGGACUGUCUACCACUCUACUUCUUCUAGUUCAAACAGACCUCCAAACACUUGAUCUAGAAACAUUAGUUAACUGACAUUUAAACAACAAUAAUUGCUGACAGUUGCUAAAAAAAACACUCUUAAAAAGGGGAUGCAGACAAAAGUAAGCAAAUUGUUUUUCUUUAACUCGUUGUGUUAGGACUGUUUGAGGCCUGUGGGCAGGAAACACAUGUCACAGGUUAGGACUGUGACUCUGCUCUGCAUUAGGUCAAUGUUUACAGAAAAUCUGAGGGGCAAGAGAGACUAUUAGCAGAAAUACUAACCAGCAAACCGGAAACAUUCCCAGAACAUUAGCUAAGAUUCCCAUUAAUAGUCCAAGGGCCACCCACCAAAAACAUUGUGUAUAUAUUGUUAUGAGCAUGAAUACUGUGUGAUUCAAAACUUGUAAAAGUUGCACAUACAUUUUUUGUUUCUUUAAUCAAAGUUAUGAUAUUUAGCAUCAAAAUCACAGUUUCACAUUACUUUUGUUGCACACUGGCUCACAGAACUUGUCAGUUAAUAUAAGGCUAUAUUUUGGCAGCUGUAUUUAGACUACUUGCUCUUUCCUGCUAGCCAAACUAAAGACAGGUCAACGUUUGCUAGCUUACACAGCUCUCAAAACAUGCAAAUGGAAUACUGUUCUGGCAUCUGAGAAAAAUCCAUUUAGCUUGUUUCAACAGCUCUUAUCAUUACAUUUACGUCAUUUAGCAGACGCUCUUAUCCAGAGCGACUUACAAAUUGGUGCAUUCACCUUAUAGCCAGUGGGAUAACCACUUUACAAUUAUUUUUUAUUUUAUUUUAUUUUUUUCUUCUAUUUUUUAUUUAUUUAUUUAUUUUGGGUGGGGUAAGGGGGGGGGGGUAGAAGGAUUACUUUAUCCUAUCCCAGGUAUUCCUUAAAGAGGUGGGGUUUCAAGUGUCUCCGGGAGGUGGUGAGUGACUCCGCUGUCCUGGCGUCGUGAGGGAGCUUGUUCCACCAUUGGGGUGCCAGAGCAGCGAACAGCUUUGGACUUAUCAUCUCGCUUUAUUUCGGGAUUCCUUUCUGCAAGCAUGGACAAUGGAACGCGUGUAACAAUGGUAACCAAUAUGUAACAUGGCAACCUCAUAAUGUUGCUAGGGGGAAAUUACCCAAAAUGGGCUAUGAUUUCAAAAUCGUACCUUUGAUUUAUAAUAUUUAAUGAAUGUGCAAUUUUUACAAGUUGUAGAUCACAAAUUCUUCAAAUUAAUUACAAUUAUCUACAAAAUAAUGUAGACAUUUUGCAGUUCCGUUUGCUGGGUGGUGGGUAGCCCUUGAACUAUAAGUUAUAGUUAGGGUUUUAUCUAACAUUAGGAUAAUAUCAUCCCAAAAACAAUCAAAGAAUGUUUUAAAUGAAAUAUCCUUAGAAUGUUAUCCUAACAUUAACUAUAAUGUUGUGCUCAGCAUCUGUAACAACCACCACAGAACAUUCCCCAAACGUUCUCAUUAGGUUUCCAGGUAACGUAAUAACACAAUGUUUGAGCAUACUGCCACAACAAAAUGUGAGAGCGACAACGUUCUGGGAACGUGCUUGCAACAUCAGGCGAAUGUUUUACACCAACAUUGUAUAAUCAUCAGCACAACUGGACAGUUUUUGUGUUAUGAGAACAUUUGCCGCAACCUAACAAAUGUUCUGGGAACUUUCACAGAACCAUUUUGGUUUGCUGGGUAGUUUACCCAAACAGUGAAUACAACUUGUUUACAUACCACAGGGUAAUGAAGAUACUCAUCUCUGGUCUUUUAUAUAUAUUUUAUUCAUUUAUUUGUCAUUAAUUUAACCAGGUCCCUUUUUAAGGGAGCCCUACAUUUGAGGCAUCUUUACUAGUAACACGUUACAUUAAACCAUUACAUCAUCUCCCUGUCCGUUCCAGGACUAAACAAUGAGGAAUACCAGGCGGUGAUUGGCAACGACACGACCAGCUACAUCGUAGAUGACCUGGAGCCAGCCUGGAGCUACUCCUUCUACGUCGUGGCCUAUGUGCCGAUGGGCGCUAGCCGUAUGUCUGAGCAAGUCUGUCAGCGCACCCUGGAGGACGGUGAGUAGGCCACACAAAUGUGUACGCUUUUAUUCACGCCAAUAAAGUAUAGUUGAAAUGGGAUUGCAUUGAGCAGUAGAGGACAGUGACUCGAUGAUUCCUUUCACUAACUCACUUCAUUUGAGAGAACGUUGAGGUAAUAUUCAGGGUAAACAAUGUAUUGUUAUAUAAUUAUUUAUUAUAUUGAAUGCGUGAUUUUUCAGAUAGUGGCUCUUCCGAAGAAGGUUUUUACUGGUAAUGAUGUUGAUCAUAUUAUGUGAUCGUUUUACUUUACUUCAGUUGACGCCCUAUUGGAAGUCGCUCUGGAAAAGAGCAUCUGCUCUAUGACUAAAAUAUAAUGAUGUCGCUCCUCCUGUCCCCCCAGUGCCCCUGCGUACCCCGGAGCUCAGUCUGACCAGCCACAGCCCUACAGACAUCCAUGUUUCGUGGCAGCCCCUGCCCACCAAACUGUCCCGUGGGAACAUCUGGGCCUACCGCCUCUCCUACCGCACGGCUGCAGACGCCACGGUUCUGUCUGUGGAGCUGGCCCAGAACAACACCAAGUACCUCCUGGGAGACCUUCAGCCUGACACCAUCUACCUUCUCCGGAUCGCUGCAGCCACCAGGGUGGGGUGGUGUGAACCCUCGUCCUGGACCUCCCACCGCACGCCCGACACCUCCAGUACUAAAGGUAACUAAGGUCACAGACUAACCCUAGCCCGACACCUCCAGUACUAAAGGUAACUAAGGUCACAGACUAACCCUAGCCCGACACCUCCAGUACUAAAGGUAACUAAGGUCACAGACUAACCCUAGCCCGACACCUCAAGUACUAAAGGUAACUAAGGUCACAGACUAACCCUAGCCCGACACCUCCAGUACUAAAGGUAACUAAGGUCACAGACUAACCCUAACCCGACACCUCCAGUACUAAAGGUAACUAAGGUCACAGACUAACCCUAACCCGACACCUCCAGUACUAAAGGUAACUAAGGUCACAGACUAACCCUAGCCCGACACCUCCAGUACUAAAGGUAACUAAGGUCACAGACUAACCCUAGCCCGACACCUCCAGUACUAAAGGUAACUAAGGUCACAGACUGAUAGGGUGAUAUAGGGUGAUACAGCUUGGUCAGGCCGCUGUAAUGAUUUAGUCAGGUACACAUCUGCUUGGUCACUUAUAGAAGUGUGUCCCAACUGGUGGGUCAUGGUCAGUUCCUCAUGGCUUUAUGGAUAAGGUUUAGGGUCAUGUGGUAGUGAUAGUCUUGUCACACACAGUGGUUGUGUUUCUCUCUGAGAAUUCCUAGGCCAUGCAGAGUUCCCCCAACACCUGACUUGAAUUAGCCCUGCUACCAUUGUCCCACAGUCUUAGUGCUAAUCUUAGAAUACUAUGUGAACCAGCCCUAUGCUAACCCCCAUGCAGCGUGGUCCCACUCAGGACCUUACUAGAGUCUUCUCUGCCUGCUAGCAGUAUUGCCCCCCCAGUCUCACAGGCGUUGUCCCUCCGUUAGCAUGCUAACCCCCAUGCAGCGUGGUCCAACAGUGGUUUAACUCAUGACCAGAGAGAGUUAGCUCUGCUAGCAGCAUUGUCCCAGUCUCUGUGCUUCUCUUAGCCCCGUACGGAGUUGCCCGACCGACAGUGGUCUCUCUGCCAGCAGUAUUGUCCCACAGUCAUUGUGUAGGUAGCCGGGGGACCUUUGCCUUGCGCUGGUAAGUGGUGUUAGAGUGGCCUCAGUCAGGGGUCAUGAAGGAGGGACCGGGCCCCAGGCGACUGUGUGUGUGUGUGGGGAGAAGAAUAGGUGUGUUUCAUGGCCUGGUCUCUGUGUGUGGACAGGGAGGUUGUUUGUUUGUAUACCUAGUAACUUUAUAUUCUGAAUUCUAUUUGGUGAACUUGAACUUCAGGGAAGUUAAAAUUCCAAAUAGGCAACGUAUUGGUAUUGGUAUCCUACUACUACAGCUAUUUCUUAGGGAAAUAUACCAUAGUCUUAUUAGUUUAUUAUUAUUAUUAUUAUAUUAUUAUAGUCUCUCUUUAUUUGCACAAUGCACAUGUGUUUUUUUGUAUUUUUGUAUGUUUUUUUGUUGUUGUAUUUGAUGAGGUGGAGUUCCCACAUAAGCUGAGCACUUGUUGGCUGCUUUUCCUUCACUCUGCCGUUCGACUCAUCCCAAACCAUCUCAAUUGGGUUGAUGUCGGGGGAUUGUGGAGGCCAGGUCAUCUGAUGCAGCACUCCAUCACUCUCCUUCUUGGUAAAAUAGCCCUUACACAGCCUGGAGGUGUGUUGGGUCAUUGUCCUGUUGAAAAACAAAUGAUAGUCCCACUAAGCCCAAACCAGAUGGGAUGGCAUAUCGCUGCAGAAUGCUGUGGUAGCCAUGCUGGUUAAGUGUGCCUUGAAUUCUAAAUAAAUCACAGACAGUGUCACCAGCAAAGCACCCCCACACCAUCACGUCUCCUCCUCCAUGCUUUAUGGUGGGAAAAUACACAUGUGGAGAUCAUCCGUUCACCCACACCGCUUCUCACAAAGACACGGUGGUUGGAACCAAAAAUCUCAAAUUUGGACUCAUCAGACUAAAGGACAGAUUUCCACCGGUCUAAUGGCCAUUGCUCGUGUUUCUUGGCCCAAGCAAGUCUCUUCUUCUUAUUGGUGUCCUUUAGUAGUGGUUUCUUUGCAGCAAUUUGACCAUGAAGGCCUGAUUCACACAGUCCCCUCUGAAUAGUUGAUGUUAAGAUGUGUCUGUGACUUGAACUCUGUGAAGCAUUUAUUUGGGCUGCAAUUUCUGAGGCUGGUAACUCUAAUGAACUUAUCCUCUCUGCAGCAGAGGUAACUCUGGGUCUUCCAUUGCUGUGGCGGUCCUCAUGAGAGCCAGUUUCAUCAUAGCGCUAUAAGGUUUUUGCGACUGCACUUGAAGAAACGUUCAAAGUUCUUGAAAUGUUCUGCAUUGACUGACCUUCAUGUCUUAAAGUAAUGAUGGACUGUCGUUUCUCUUUGCUUAUUUGAGCUGUCCUUGCCAUAAUAUGGACUUGGUCUUUUACCAAAUAGGGCUAUCUUCUGUAUACCCCCCUAUCUUGUCACAACACAACUGAUUUGCUCAAACGCAUUAAGAAGGAAAGAAAUUCCACAAAUUAACUUUUAAGAAGGCACACCUGUUAAUUUAAAUGCAUUCCAGGUAGCUACCUCAUGAAGCUGGUUGAGAGAAUGCCAAGAGUGUGCAAAGCAGUCAUCAAGGCAAAGGGUGGCUAUUUGAAGAAUCUGAAAUAUAAAAUAUAUUUUGAUUUGUUUAACACUUUUUUGGUUACUACAUGAUUCCAUAUGUGUUAUUUCAUAGUUUUGAUGUCUUCACUAUUAUUCUACAAUAUAGAAAAUAGUAAAAAUAAAGAAAAACCCUUGAAUGAGUUGGUGUGUCCAAACCUUUGACUGGUACUGUAUAUUUGUAUACAGUAUAUUAUAUGAUAUUAUUAUCUCUCAUGUUGAUGCGUCAUGCAAUAUGUUGCGUGGGCUUUUUGUGAGUGGCUGUGAGGCUGCUUUUUGUGAGUGACUGUGAGGCUGCUUGUUGUGAGUGACUGUGAGGCUGCUUGUUGUGAGUGACUGUGAGGCUGCUUGUUGUGAGUGACUGUGAGGCUGCUUGUUGUGAGUGACUGUGAGGCUGCUUGUUGUGAGUGACUGUGAGGCUGCUUGUUGUGAGUGACUGUGAGGCAGACGGUGUCUAAAAACAGAAGGUAAAGUGUUGAGUGACAAUUUUGGGCCAUCAAGGAAAACGCUAUGUCUGGCGCAAACCCAACACCUCUCAUCACCCCGAGAACACCAUCCCCACAGUGAAGCAUGAUGGUGGCAGCAUCAUGCUGUUGGGAUGUUUUUCAUCGGCAGGGACUGGGAAACUGGUGAGAAUUGAAGGAAUGAUGGAUGGCGCUAAAUACAUCAUAUUUAGUGAAUAGUUAUGCAUGCUAACAUUUUCAUUUUCAUUUUCAUUUUUUGUCUUAUUUCUCGUUUGUUUCACAAUAAAAAAUAUUUUGCAUUUUCAAAGUGGUAGGCAUGUUGUGUAAAUCAAAUGAUACAAACCCCCCCAAAAAUCCAUUUAAAUUCCAGGUUGUAAAGCAACAAAAUAGGAAAAAUACCAAGGGGGGUGAAUACUUUCGCAAGCCACUGUAGUAGGUGUGUCCAAACCUUUGACUGUAUUUAGAUGGCUUUCUGUUAUUGAUCCCUUAUAUUCUGAAACCCGUUCCCCCCAUAUAUUCUAUUGAGUCUGUCGACUAAAUUCUAACUAAAAGGGACACCAUAUUUAAAGGGAUGGCUUUAGGUAAAUGUACUGAAAACCCUAUUGAAUGAAAACUCCACGAGGAAAUCUGUUGGCCAUCAAGAGGGAGGGUUUUCAGCGGUUCAAUAACAUUUAUUCACGCAAGGUAGCCACACCUGCAGAGCGCGUUACGCGACUGAAUAAGGUAAGUCUAAUGACCAAAUACUGAGAUGUAUGUAGGAAAGGCGUAAAUUCCUAAUCGUCCCCUUAUGUGCCCUGGCCAGAAGUAGCGCCAUUAUGGGUCCUUCGUCCUCCUCUUCAUACCUGUUCUCCUUCCUGUGUCCCCACAGUGCCGCCGGCACCACUGUUGCAGCAACUGGAGCCUCUCAACUGCACCUCCAUCUUGGUUGGAUGGCAGCCAUCUCCAGGCUCCGUGGUCGUCCAGGGUUACCGGCUCUGUUACCACGAGGAGGGCCAACCAGAACAGCCCUCCAUCCAGCUCCAGCCUGAGAACACAGAAUACACCAUCAGUGGCCUGGGUGAGUGAUAGUUACAGUAGGUAUACUGCACAUAUGAAAUAGGUGGAUACAGGUAUAGAUUGGGUAUAGGUGGGUAUAGCUAUAGAUUGGGUAUAGGUGGGUAUAGCUAUAGAUUGGGUAUAGGUGGGUAUAGCUAUAGAUUGGGUAUAGGUGGGUAUAGCUAUAGAUUGGGUAUAGGUGGGUAUCUAUAGAUUGGGUAUAGGUGGGUAUAGCUAUAGAUUGGGUAUAGGUGGGUAUAGCUAUAGAUUGGGUAUAGGUGGGUAUAGCUAUAGAUUGGGUAUAGGUGGGUAUAGCUAUAGAUUGGGUAUAGGUGGGUAUAGCUAUAGAUUGGGUAUAGGUGGGUAUAGGUAUUGAGUUACCCUCCAUCCAACUCCAGUUUGAGGACACAGAAUAAAACAUCAGUGGCCCGGGGGAGUUUCUGGCUCCUGUGUGGGUGUAAAACAUCAGGGAGGGAGGGACUUAUUUUUCAAUAUGCACUGACAUCUUUUAAUGUCUUCUUGCCCUUUGUCACCCCGAUCAAUACGGACCUGACCCUUGUUCCCUCUCCUGUCCCAGUCCCAAGCGCCUUCCCUCUCUCCUAUCCUAUCCUGGUCCUGUUUGUGCCGUCUUACCAACUCCUGUGGUCAUUGUCACAUUUGGCGUCACGAUGACCAUAUGAGUUGGGAAGACGGCACAAACAGAUCUGGGGACCAGGCUACUCUAGCCCCUGUCCCCAGUGUCUCCCCAUUCCCUUUCCCAGCAUUGUGUGAGCAGCGACGCCCCCCAAAGGGGUUAGAGGUCAGGGCCCAGAUGUCCUUCCCACCACCGUUUCCCAUGGAUCUCAUCCCUGGCUUGCAUACGUUAUCCCUGGCUAUUGUGCUAUAGCUGCAGGGCCAGAGCUGCCCUAUGACACCCUGACCACCAACCCCCCCCCCCCCCCCCCCCCCUCCGACACCUUGACUAGCACCCCCUCUCCAGCAGGAUGGGGGAGGUUACCACCAUACCCCACGGCCCCCUGGGACUGGCCAGAGCCGGACAGACAAAGGACCUAUGACCUAUGGUCGUGAGACAGUGGACUUUGAUUAGAGAAUUGCCCUGUCUGCCCCCUAUUUCACAAUGGCCUCUGUGAUGCCCCUAGGGUUGUGGGUUCGAUUCCCACGGGGGGACCAGUAUGGAAAAUGUAUGCACUCACUACUCUAAGUCGCUCUGGAUAAGAGCGUCUGCUAAAUGACUGAAAUGUCAAUAGUGUCCAACAGAUGCAGAGGAGUCCAUGUGAUUGUGAAACAGUCUCUAGACUGAUAGAGAUGAGAGAUGUAUAUCUUGGUGGAUUUGAUUAGAUCUCAAUCUUUUAAUUCCCAUUUCUUCUAACAGUUAAAGGAUUUAUCUGGAAGUAAGUUAAUAGAUUUAUCUAGAAGGAAUCAAAAGUGUUAACUUUUUUUUUUUUUUAUGUUCAUGAUGACAUUAGUUGAAGUUACAUACUGGGCAACUGCCUCAACACUACUAUCCUUUCUUGUUGCUAACCCUUCCUCCAGGCCAAGCCUAUAUGUUGAAGGGUAAAACAGUGGCCGUUGGGUGAACAAUCCUUUCUAUAGAGGGGCAGUCCAGCCAGUACACCCUCUCUAUACACUGAGUGUACAAAAACAUUAAGAAUAUUGAGUUGCAUCCCCCUUUGCCCUCAGAACAGCCUCAAUUCGUCGGGUCAUGGACUCUACAAGGUGUCGAAAGCGUUCCACAGGGAUGCUGGCCCAUGUUGACUCCAAUGCUUCCCACGGUUGUGUUAAGUUGGCUGGAUGUCGUUUGGGUGAUGGACCAUUCUUGAUACACACGGGAAACUGUUGAGCGUGAAAAACCCAGCAGCGUUGCAGUUCUUGACACACUCAAAACCGGUGCACCUGGCACCUACUACCAUAACCCGUUCAAAGGCACUUCAAUCUUUUGCCUUGCCCAUUGACACUCUGAUUGGCACGCAUACACAAUUCAUGUCUCAAUUGUCUCAAGGCUUAAAAAUCAUCCUUUAACCUGUCUCCUCCCCUUCAUCUACACUGAUUGAAGAGUAUUUAACAGGUGACAUCAAUAAGGGAUCAUAGCUUUCACCUGGAUUCACCUGGUCAGUCUAUGUCAUGGAAAGAGCAGGUGUUCCUAAUUUGUGUCCCAAUUGAAAGGUAAAACAAGGGUCAAUUUAGUGGACAACCCUUUCUAUGGUAUAUAUUAUAUUUGUCCAAGUUGAAGGGUAGAUAGAAGGGUGGAGGGGCAGCCAGUUGAAGGGUAGAUAGAAGGGUGGAGGGGCAGCCAGUUGAAGGGUAGAUAGAAGGGUGGAGGGGCAGCCAGUUGGAACAGAAGGUCCUGAGAAGGGGAAACAAAGGGGGCCAGCUCCUCUCCUCUCCUCUCCUCUCCUCUCCUCUCCUCUCCUCUCCUCUCCUCUCCUCUCCCACAGUCCUGAAGCCCAGAUUUCUUCUGUUCUAUCUUGGCCUGACCCCUAACCCUAGUCAACCCCCCCCCUGUCCCAGGGGCCCUGGAUCCUAGCAGCUGAAAGCUGCCCCUGGCCCCCGCACCGGCCCCUAGCCCCAGCCUCCCACCAAGCCUCCUGGCCCCAUCCCCCACCACUACAACAACAGGCCUGGACACACACACCACCUCCCACCACACCACCCCUACCUUUCCACUGGUCAAUACCCAGAACCUAACCUUUCACACCAAGACAUAAAACAAAUCUUUAACGGUCCCCUAAAAUACGGCGUGAUUUAGGAGAUGGUUAGCGUGGCGAACAAUUUUUAAAGAGAGACUGCCCCUAAAAAUCAACUUCUCAUUUUGAAAAACGGCCUAUGUGGCACCGAUAUGAGUCAGAGUAAAAAUUGACUACAAAGUGUAAAAUAUAAUAAUUUUAGACAUAAAGUAUCUCGCAAGUGCAAAUUGAAAAUAUUGUCUCAUUUACAUUGUGUCAAAAAAAAUAUUGACGGUCCCUAACUAGCCCCAGAGAUAGACUAUCCAAAGUCAAACCAACUUUGCCACAGUCGCACACCAGCCAGACCUGGUUAGGCUGUUUCAAGUUAUCUAGAAUUAUCUAGAAGGGUGUGACUGUAACUGUACUGUUUUGGCAGCGUGAACGUACAAACGCUUCCCACGUGCGAACACACACACACACACACACACACACACACACACACACACACACAAGAGACACCCACAUUAAAACCACUCCCACUCUCGUUUGGUUUCAGUCAUGGCCGCUGCAUUUCUGAAUGACCCAAGUCGAUAUAAACCUUGUUUGAUCAUUUGUCUGUUUCCUACCAAUCAUUUCUCUGCUGAUUUUGUUGUAGAAUCAACCUAUAUCAUGUGGUUAACCGAGUUGGGGCCAAUUCAGAAAGUAAACCCGAAAUUCCAAUCCCAAUUUCCAUCAAUACAUUUCAAUGAGAAUAACUGAAAUGGGAAAUUGAGUUGACUUAAUCCUGAAAUGAAUGAAUUGAAAUGUAACUUCCCCCAAACCUGGUGGUUAUACACUGAAUGGACAAAACAUAUAAAAAAUCUAUUUCCAUGACAUCGACUGACCAGGUGAAUCCAGGUGGAAGCUAUGAUCCCAUAUUGAUGUCACCUGUUAAAUCAAUUUCAAUCAGUGUAGAUGAAGGGGAGGAGACAGGUUAAAGAAGGAUUUGUAAGCCUUGAGACAAUUGAGACAUGGAUUGUGAAUAUGUUCCAUUCAGAGGGUGAAUGGGCAAGACAAAAGAUUUAAGAGCCUUUGAACAGGGGUAUGGUAGUUAGGUUGCCAGGGCGCACCCAGGUUUGUGUCAAGAACUGAACGCUGCUGGGUGUUUCACGCUCAAACAGUUUCCCGAUGUGUAUCAAGAAUGGUCCUACCACCCAAAGGACAUCCAGCCAUUGCAGACGCUUGUAUCCAAAGCACACACUGUAGGGUGGAGACGAACCCACUACUUGCGUACAGCAGCCGUGUCAACAUGAGCUACGGAUCUGAUUGAACACUGUGGGAACACGGAGUCAACAGGGCGGCUUCCUGUGACACUGUCGACACCUUGUAGAGUCCACGCCCCGACGAAUUGAGGUUAUUCUGAGGGAAAAAAGGGGGUGCAACUCAAUAUUAGGAAGGUGUUCUUAAUGUUUUGUACACUCAGUGUAUAGUUACAACAUAUACACUAGAGACCUAAUUCUAGAGACAGUCAGUUAUGAGGUUCAGUAGCCAUGCCAACCUGGUUCUAGAGUUUCAGGCAGACGGCUGACCUGUAUGGGGUUCAGAGUUAACAAUUGGCAUUGUUUGUAGGGGGCAUAGUACUUAACUGAAAAAGCAAACUUUGUUAACUGUUCAUUUGUUAUGUUUUGACUGAUAAUGGCCAUUCCAGAUGUGCCUUUGUUUGCACAGAUGUUUUUAAGGAAUGUGUGGGUCAGUUGAUAAUAGACAGAAAAUUGAACAUCUACAGUGAGAGGGGGAAAAAAGUAUUUGAUCCCCUGCUGAUUUUGUACGUUUGCCCACUGAACAAAGACAUGAUCAGUCUAUAAUUUUAAUAGUAGGUUUAUUUGAACAGCGAGAGACAGAAUAACAACAAAAAAUACAGAAAAACGCAUGUCAAAAAUGUUAUAAAUUGAUUUGCAUUUUAAUGAGGGAAAUAAGUAUUUGACCCCUCUGCAAAACAUGACUUAGUACUUGGUGGCAAAACCCUUGUUGGCAAUCACAGAGGUCAGACUUUUCUUGUAGUUGACCACCAGGUUUGCACACAUCUCAGGAGGGAUUUUGUCCCACUCCUCUUUGCAGAUCUUCUCCAAGUCAUUAAGGUUUCGAGGCUGACAUUUGGCAACUCAAACCUUCAGCUCCCUCCACAGAUUUUCUAUGGGAUUAAGGUCUGGAGCCUGGCUAGGCCACUCCAGGACCUUAAUGUGCUUCUUCUUGAGCCACUCCUUUGUUGCCUUGGCCGUGUGUUUUGGGUCAUUGUCAUGCUGGAAUACCCAUCCACGACCCAUUUUCAAUGCCCUGGCUGAGGGAAGGAGGUUCUCACCCAAGAUUUGACGGUACAUGGCCCCGUCCAUCGUCCCUUUGAUGCGGUGAAGUUGUCCUGUCCCCUUAGCAGAAAAACACCCCCAAAGCAUAAUGUUUCCACCUCCAUGUAUGACAGUGGGGAUGGUGUUCUUGGGGUCAUAGGCAGCAUUCCUCCUCCUCCAAACACGGCGAGUUGAGUUGAUGCCAAAGAGCUCCAUUUUGGUCUCAUCUGACCACAACACUUUCACCCAGUUCUCCUCUGAAUCAUUCAGAUGUUCAUUGGCAAAUUUCAGACGGGCCUGUAUAUGUGCUUUCUUGAGCAGGGGGACCUUGCGGGCGCUGCAGGAUUUCAGUACUUCACGGCGUAGUGUGUUACCAAUUGUUUUCUUGGUGACUAUGGUCCCAGCUGCCUUGAUCAUUGACAAGAUCCUCCCGUGUAGUUCUGGGCUGAUUCCUCACCGUUCUCAUGAUCAUUGCAACUCCACGUGGUGAGAUCUUGCAUGGAGCCCCAGGCCGAGGGAGAUUGACAGUUAUUUUGUGUUUCUUCCAUUUGCGAAUAAUCACACCAACUGUUGUCACCUUCUCACCAAGCUGCUUGGCAAUGGUCUUGUAGCCCAUUCCAGCCUUGUGUAGGUCUACAAUCUUGCCCCUGACAUCCUUGGAGAGCUCUUUGGUCUUGGCCAUGGUGGAGAGUUUGGAAUCUGAUUGAUUGCUUCUGUGGACAGGUGUCUUUUAUACAGGUAACAAGAUGAGAUUAGGAGCACUCCCUUUAAGAGUGUGCUCCUAAUCUCAGCUCGUUACCUGUAUAAAAGACACCUGGGAGCCAGAAAAUCUUUCUGAUUGAGAGGGGGUCAAAUACUUAUUUCCCUCAUUCAAAUGCAAAUCAAUUUAUAACAUUUUUGACAUGCGUUUUUCUGGAUUAUUUUGUUGUUAUUCUGUCUCUCUCACUGUUCAAAUAAACCUACCAUUAAAAAUUAUAGACUGAUCAUUUCUUUGUCAGUGGGCAAACGUACAAAAUCAGCAGGGGAUCAAAUACUUUUUUCCCCCUCACUGUAUUCCCACUGAGAUUAUUUAUCAAUCUACUAUUUAUUGUUUUCCAGACCCAAGGAGGAAGUACCAUGUGAAACUGUUGGCUUUAAGCCUUGUAGGAGAUGGUUACCAGGCCGACCAGACCGUCAGCACCCCAGGAUGUGUGUGUACGUAAACAAAGAAAUCAGAUAAAUUCUUACCAUUGAACUGCUUCAGCUUCUGUUCAUCCUGAAGUCUACAUUGGCCUCUAACACAUCUCCCACCACCAUAAAAAAAAUACUUCUAGACAGCUGAAGCAAGCGCACACGUUUUCUUCAGGAAAUAAUACCUUUUCUAGUUGUGACUAAUUUUGUGCGUCUGUGUUUGUUACAGCAGUCCGAGAUCACCCGGUGGCCCAGCCUCCAGCCCCGGACCACGUGACUGCGGUGGCUAACAGCUCGUCAGCGGUGUACCUGCGUUGGAGCCGUCCUGCCUUCGCCUCCGGGAAGGCUGUCAGCUACACAGCUCGCUGUACACGCGUGGGCCUGACGAACGCGUCGGCCAUACGAUACGUACAGACGUGAGUUCGUGACCAGUGUUCUGCAGCAGAACUCCUCAAGUUCAAGAAGACACUUGUGAUGUUCAUACCUGUAUACUAGGGGUCUGUUGACGAAGAAGAAGAAUACUUUACUACUAUUUUAAUACUAAGAUUAUUAUACUGAAAAAAUAUAUAAAACGCAACAUGCAACAAUUUCAUUGAUUUACUGAGUUACAGUUCAUAUGAGGAAAUCAGUCAAUUUAAAUAAAUUCAUUAGGCCCUAAUCUAUGGAUUUCACAUGACUGGGAAUACAGAUCUGUUGGUCACAGAUGCCUUAAAGAAAUGGGCCUCACAAUGGGCCUCAGGAUCUCGUCAUGGUAUUUUUGUGCAUUAAAAUUGACAUUGAUCAAAUGCAAUAGUGUUCGUUGUCUGUAGCUUAUGCCUGCCCAUACCAUAACCCCACCACCACCAUGGGGCACUCUGUUCAUAACGUUGACAUCAGCAAACCGCUCGCCCACACAACGCCAUACACGUGUUCUGCGGUUGAGAGGCCAGUUGGACGUACUGCCAAAUUCUCUAAAAUGACGUUGGAGGCUGCAUAUGGUAGAGAAAUUGACAUUAAAUUAUCUGGCAAUAGCUCUGGUGGACAUUCCUGCAGUCAGCAUGCCAAUUGCACUGUCCCCCCCAAAACAUUGACAUCUGUGGCAUUGUGUUGUGUGACAAAACUGUACAUUUUAGAGUGGCCUUUUAUUGUCCCCAGCACAAGGUGCACCUGUGUAAUGAUCAUGCUGUUUAAUCAGCUUCUUGAUAUGCCACACCUGUCAGAUGGAUGGAUUAUCUUGGCAAAGGUGAAAUGCUCACUGACAGGGAUGUAAAGAAAUUUGCACAAAAUUUGAGAGAAAUAAGCUUUUUGUGCGUAAUGGAACAUUUCUGGUAUCUUUUAUUUCAGCUCAUGAAACAUGGGACCAACACUUUACAAUGUUGCGCUUAUAUUUUUGUUCAGUGUACUUUACUACUUCGCAAUUGUCCAUUCAAUUGUCAUGUUUCAGAUCAUGGGCAUGUGGUAAUAUAGUUCUACACUUUACAUCUGACAAGAGACUGAAGAUCAAAGAUGGACACUGAGUUUUUAUUUUUUAUUGAACCUGUCAUGUCUGUUCUGUCCUCGUCAGUAUCAACCAGAGUGUGCUGAUACAGGGCCUGGAUCCAAACACCCGCUAUGAGUUAGUGGUACGUCUCCAUGCCGACCAGCUGUCCAGCCCCUGGAGCCUGGUUGUCUUUCAGAGGACUCUACCAGCAGGUAAACAAUCAUCUAAUUCUCUACAUGGAUAAAGACUCCUUCAUGACCUAUAGAUUAUGAAGGAGUCUAAUUUAACUUUAAGUGACAUCAACAGUAUAGCUUCCUCCCCAGUCUACUCUGAGAUGUACCUGCCGGCACUCUGCCCUGCACCUUGAGACUAAUGGCCCGUGUAUAUAGAUAGAGUCAUUGAACACUGGUCACCUCAUAUUCUGUUUAUAUACUGUUGUCUACUCACUAUGUAUGCCAAGAGUGUGCAAAGCUGUCAUCAACGCAAAGGGUGGCUAUUUGAAGAAUCCCAAAUAUAAAAUAUAUUUUGAUUUGUUUAACACUUUUUUUGGUUACUACAUGAUUCCAUAUGUGUUAUUUCAUAGUUUUGAUGUCUUCACUAUUAUUCUACAAUGUAGAAAAUAGUUUUAAAAAAUAAAGAAAAACCCUUGAAUGAGUAGGUGUUCUAAGAUUUUUGACCGGUACUGUAUAUACAGUAUUCUCCACAUAGCUCAUCCUAAUGUACAUACCAUAUACAGUCUAAACACAGCACGUAUUUAUAUUCUGGAUUCUGACACUGCUCACACUAAUAUAUCUACUCUAUAGUCCGCUGUAGCUCAGUUGGUAGAGCAUGGCGCUUGCAACGCCAGGGUUGUGGGUUCGUUUCCCACGGGGGGGGGCAGUAUGAAAAGAUUUAUGCACUCACUAACUGUAAGUCGCUCUGGAUAAGAGCGUCUGCUAAAGGACUAAAAUGUUUAAAAAAUGUUGUUGCACUCAUUCUGUCAUUUCUUCAUUCGUUUUUUAUUAUUUGUGUAUUUGUAUUGUAUUUGCGAAGCAUUCUCCUGCACUUCUGGAGCUAAUAACAUAAACAUUACACUGCACCUGCUAUAACACCUGAAGAUCUGUGUGCACAACAAUAAACUUAUAUUUUAUUUUAUUUUAUUUGAGAUGGGCGGGAACCAGCAACCCUGUGCACACACACACAACAACAUUCACCUAUCAAAGCCAACCGUACUGGAUGACGGACCAAGAUACAUUUAAGCUUAAGAGACUCAAAUGACCCUUUUUCUGUUCAUCAGCGCCCAGCCACCCUCCUGAAGGUGUGAGGGUGAGUCUGAUUGAGGACAGCACAGCCCUGGUUUCCUGGAGGGAACCAGAGGGGAACAACCUGGCAGUGACACAUUACACCAUCCUGUACGCCUCACAGAGGGCCUGGCUGGCCGGACACUGGCAGACACUGCAGAGGGAGGGUGAGUGAGACUGUUAGACAGCCAGAUACUGCAGAGGGAGGGUGAGUGGAACAGCUAGAUACUGGAAGAUACUGCAGAGGGAGGGUGAGUGGAUCAGCCAGAGACUGCAGAGGGAGGGUGACUGAGACUGUUAGACAGCCAGAUACUGCAGAGGGAGGGUGAGUGGAACAGCUAGAUACUGGAAGAUACUGCAGAGGGAGGGUGAGUAGAACAGCUAGAUAUUGCAGAGGGAGGGUGUGUGGAACAGUUAGAUACUGGCAGAUACUGCAGAGGGAGGGUGAGUGGAUCAGCCAGAUACUGUAGAGGGAGGGUGAGUGGAACAGCUAGAUACUGGAAGAUACUGCAGAGGGAGGGUGAGUGGAUCAACCAGAUACUGCAGAGGGAGGGUGAGUGGAACAGCUAGAUACUGGAAGAUACUGCAUAGGGAGGGUGAGUGGGACAGUUAGAUACUUCCAGAUACUGCAGAGGGAGGGUGAGUGAGACGGUUAAACAGCCAGGCACUGCAGAGGGAGGGUGAGUAGAACAGCUAGAUACUGCAAAGGGAGGGUGUAUGGUACAGCCAGAUACUGCAGAGGGAGGGUGAGUGGAACAGCUAGAUACUGACAGAUACUGCAGAGGGAGGAUCAAUGAGAUGGUUAGACAGCCAGAUAUUAUAGAGGGAGGGUAAAAACAGGUGGAUGUUUUGGAAGGGGAGGGGCUGGGGACAGGCUUGGGCAGAAGCUUUGAGAGGAGAGGGCGGUAGCUACUCGUUGAGUGCAGAUUUGAACAUUUCUGAGUAUCUGGCUAGUGUGCACACAAUAUUUGGUUCUUGGUUUUGGGAAUGGCUGUGUUAUGAUAUGCAUUCAACUCCAGUCCCCUCUAAAAACCCGUCUGAUGUCCCCUUACAGGGAGCAACACCAUGGUCCUGCUGGAGCAUCUGGAGCCUGGUAACGUCUACCUGGUGAAGAUAUCUGCCUCCAACCAGGUGGGAGACGGGCCCUUCUCCGCCACUGUGGAGCUGGCCCUGGGGCCUGGGCCGAGACACAGAGGGAAGAGGCCCAGGCACUCAGACAGCGGCUCCUCCUCAGACACUACAGGUCAGUAUUGUCGUAGUGUUGUUGGACUGGAGGGUGUUGUAGUUAGUAUUGUGGCCGGUGGUCAGUAUUGUUGGACUGCAGAGACAUAGGACCUGUCGUGUCUUGGACUUUGAACAUACUGCAGUUGAAGACAACAUGACCCUAAGCAGAAUAUAGUCUCUUACUCUACCUGGUUUCAGUGCUUUUAGUAGGCAUUGUUUAAAUUGACGUGAUUACAUAGUGUGACAUGAUUUCUUGUGUCUUCCAGUGUUCUCUGACGGCCUGCAUCACAUGGACCAGAAUUCCAUGACAGGGAUCAUGGUAGGGGUCUGCAUCGCUCUGGCGUGUAUAGUUCUGUGUGCCAUCAUCCUCAUCAGCAAAGGCAGAUCCAGGUAUUUACACAAUACCAUCUAGUAAUAGGUCUUCUUCUUAUCUUGUGAUUCAUCAUAUCUCAUCAGAAGGCAGGUCCAGAUUAUUUUAGACAAUAUAGUUUCGGAUCUAUGUAAUAGUCUAGGAUUCUAUCUUAGAUGAAUUCUUCUUUUCUAUUUUCUUUAUUCUUAGAGUCUGAUUCUUCGUAGGCGCGUAUUUCUUAUUCUCUUCGUUUUCUUCUUCUUCUUCUUCUUCUUCUUCUCUUCUCUUCUUCUUCUUCUUUCUUUUCUUUUCUUCUUCUGUCUUCUUUCUUCUCUUCUUCUUCUUCUUCUUCUUCUCCUUCUCUUCUCCUUCUUCUUCUUCUUUCUUCCUUCUUCUUCUUCUUUCUCUUCUUCUUCUCUCUGUUCUUCUCUUUCUUCUUUCUUCUUCUGUUUCUUCUUCUUCUUUUCUUUCUCCUUCUUCCUUCUGCUCUUCUUCUUCUUCUUCUUUUUCUUCUUCUUCUUCUUCUUCUCUUCUUCUUCUUCUGUUUCUUCUUCUUCUCCGUCUUCAUUCUGAUGCAUUAGUCAUUUUUUGAAAGAACUCUCUUCAAAUAGAUUAUUUCGUAUUGUCCACUAACUUCUACUCUUUACUCCAAUAGGAAAUCUUCCAUCUCUAAGAUCACUGACGUAGUGACCGGUGAGGGACCCCGUGGUCCACAUGCUGGUUUGGCCCUGGCCAAUGAACACCCUGCUGAGAACAUAGAGGCCCUGAUGCCCAUGAUGGCACAACACUUCAUUGAUGCCAAGGUGAGACGUGGCUCCACAGACACAGGCCACGAGUGUGUAUGUAUGAGAAUGUAUUUAUGGCGUAUACAGUGCAUUCGGAAAGUAUUUAGACCCCUUGACCUUUUCCACAUUUUGUUACAUUUUACAGCCUUAUUCUGAAAUGGAUUUUUUUUUUAAUAAUCUCAUAAAUCUACACACAAUACUUCAUAAUGACAAAGCAAAAACAGGUUUUUAGAAAUUCAGACCCUUUACUCAGUACUUUGUUGAAGCACCUUUGGCAGCGAUUACAGCCUCGAGUCUUCUUGGGCAUGACGCUACAAGCUUGGCACACCUGUAUUUGGGGAGUUUCUCCCAUUCUUCUCUGCAGAUCCUCUCAAGCUCUGUCAGGUUGGAUGGGGAGCGUCGCUGCACAGCUAUUUUCAGGUCUCUUCAGAGAUGUUCGAUCGGGUUGAAGUCCGGGCUCUGGCUGUGCCACUCAAGGACAUUAGAGACUUGUCCCGAAGCCACUCCUGCGUUGUCUUGGCUGUGUGCUUAGGGUUGUUGUCCUGGUGGAAGGUGAACCUUCGCCCCGAUCUGAGGUCCUGAGUGCUCUGGAGCAGUUUUUCAUCAAGAAUCUCUUUGUACUUUGCUCCGUUCAUCUUUCCCUCGAUCCUGACUAGUCUCCCAGUCCCUGCCGCUGAAAAACAUCCCCACAGCAUGAUGCUGCCACCACCAUGCUUCACCGUAGGGAUGGUGCCAGGUUUCCUCCAGACGUGACGCUUGGCAUUCAGGCCAAAGAGUUCAGUCUUGGUUUCAUCAGACCAGAUAAUAUUUUCUCAUGGUCUGAGAGUCCUUUAGGUGCCUUUUGGCAAACUCCAAGCGGGCUGUCAUGUGCCUUUUACUGAGGAGUGCUUCCGUCUGGCCACUCUACCAUAAAGGCCUGAUUGGUGGAGUGCUGCAGAGAUGGUUGUCCUUCUGGAAGGUUCUUCCAUCUCCACAGAGGAACUCUGGAGCUCUGUCAGAGUGACCAUCGGGUUCUUGGUCACCUCCCUGACCAAGGCCCUUCUCACCCGAUUGCUCAGUUUGGCCGGGCGGCCAGCUUUAGGAAGAGUCUUGGUGGUCUCAAACUUAUUCCAUUUAAGAAUGAUGGAGGCCACUGUGUUCUUGGGGACCUUCAAUUCUGCAGAAAUGUUUUGGUACCCUUCCACAGAUCUGUGCCUCGACACAAUCCUGUCUCGGAGCUCUACGAAUAAUUCCUUCAACCUCAUGGCUUAGUUUUUGCUCUGACAUGCACUGUCAACUGUGUGACCUUAUAUAGACAGGUAUGUGCCUUUCCAAAUCAUGUCCAAUCAAUUGAAUUUACCACAGGUGGACUCCUAUCAAGUUGUAGAAACAUCUCAAGGUUGAUCAUUGGAAACAGGAUGCACCUGAGCUCAAUUUCGAGUCUCAUAGCAAAGGGUCUGAAUACUUAUGUAAAUAAGGUAUUUCUGUUUUUUUAUUUUAAUAGAUUUGCCAACAUUUCUAAAAAUCUGUUUUCACUUUGUCAUUAUGGGGUAUUGUGUGUAGAUUGAUGAGGAAAAAAUGAAUUUAAUCAAUUUUAGAAUAAGGCUGUAACGUAACAAAAUGUGGAAAAAGGGAAGGGGUCUGAAUACUUUCCGAAUGCACUGUACACCCAUCUCAGCAGGCAAAAGUCGUUGCAAAGACAUCCCUAUUACAAACUUUAUGAUGUCAUGAUAAGGCUGUAUACUGGUUGUGUAAGGCCCUUUCCUCAGCGUCUUUUUAGCAACCAUAAAAAUACAUCUUUAUCUGUUUCUAAUCUGGUUAUCUCUCUGUUUCAGUGUGGGACUAACCUAGUGAUUAGUAAAGCUGGUCCAGUCUGCGGCAGCAGUAAGAGACGGCAGUUCUUCAGUAGUACAGCUGGUGCAGUCUGCGGCAGCAGUAAGAGACGGCAGUUCUUCAGUAGUACAGCUGGUGCAGUCUGCGGCAGCAGUAAGAGACGGCAGUUCUUCAAGAGGGAAAGACACAAUAGAAAUACAAGCCAGGUAAGUCUUCAGAAGUGAACCAAUCAUGUUGCUGCUAUUAGAGUACCAGUCUUCAACAUGGAGUAUUACAGUAUUCAGUAUUGUUCAUUUGUUAAACACUCAUCUCCCUUAUCUCUAGGUUGAGAACAGAGCAUGUCUGUACGAGGCAGGGAAGACCAUUCUGUGUUACGAGGAGAGGGAGGGUGCGCCGCCCCUCCAGCCCUCCAGCCUGCAGAUCCUGUUCGGGCCACUAGGGGGCUUGGAGAGCUCCGGGGGCUUCAGCUCCGAGGGAAGCAGCUCUGGAACCACUGAGACCAGCGAGGGGAGUCACGAGACAGGAGACUCCGGUCACUACUCCAACGAAGAGAUAAGCAAUGAGAUGAGCAAACCGUCCACCGCCAACUCAGGCCGUAACUCCAGGCCUCCGUCCUUCGGGUCGGAGUUGGAUGACAGCCCAACUCCAGAGGAGGAAGGGUGUUUUGAAGAGGAGGAAGAAGGAAAGCCUGGUUUUAAAGUGGAAUCUGAGGUGAUGCCACCAAGCCACCCCUACCAUCACCAACAUCACCUCCACCAGCAGCCCUCACGUCCCUGUUCCCUCUCGGCUGAGUGUCCAGGACACGGCCCUGUCAGCAAACUCGUCCUGGCGAUAGGC